GAACCGAAGCGCCCUUUAAAAACAAUCCCUCUGCCAGUAACGCCAUCUUGAAAUAUCCCGACCUGCUCCCAGCUCCCACUCCCAGAGUCAGAGUCGAGCUGCUUUGCGCCAGGCAUGGCGGGGAGCGAGUCACAACAACUCGACACAAAUACAGGCGACCGCUCGGCUGUUUUCGCGACGCGAACUUCGCGGGCGUCCAGCUCCUCGUGCUCCAGGACAUUCCAACCCCAAAGCACGAGCCGUAGGACCGUCGACGCCGUGACCACGUGAAAGCCGUCCACCUGGCUAGAGCCAUCGGACCGUCGACGCCGUGACCACGUGAAAGCCGCCCUCCUCCGCCGCGCGCUCAGCUGCUUCCCUGCUCUGUGGCUCGUAGUGGUGGGUAUACACACCACUCCGACCGUAAACAACCGCGCGAGUGGGGCGAGCUCAAUCCCCCUGGAAGAAUACAGAGUCCUCGCGGGACAGAACAUGCGUUGGGCGGAUUUCUUUUUACAUUUAGGUGCUUUUUGCUGACGCUUUUAUCAAAAGCGACUUACAACCAUUCAUUCAGACUUAACACACAGACGGCGGAGUCAACCACGCAGGGCGACAGCCAGCUCUUCGGGAGCAGUCAGGGUGAGGUGCCUUGCUCAGGGACUCCUCGGGACUCAGCUAGGACAAGCAGGGGAUCGAACCAGCAACCUUCCGCUUACAAGUCUACCCGCUCUACCUUCUGGGCUGAAGUCUUCUUGCUUUAUAUCCACGUCGAUCUUCCGGUCCGAAAUCUUGAGCUGACCCAUAAGUUAUUGACUUGAUUGAUUGACAGGCGGGUUGGAUGCUCUCUGGUCCACAUAACGGAGCCUCUGGCAGUACACAGGUGUAUAACAACGGCGUUACGGGACAGUGUGGGUCGGUGCAGACCCUGGCAGAGGCCGGCGGUGGGUUUGACAUUGCAUUGUAAUUAUGCAUUGUACUAGAGUGUACAGGCUUGUUUGUUAUCCGGUUAAAGACUCCCACUGGAAUAAUUGAUUAUGGACAACGGGACUACUGACGGGAUACUUUGAGAAAAAGGCCACCCUCCAUCACUGAUUGGGCAAGAAAAUGCCAAGACAAUCACAAUGCUUAUUGUGCCAGACGGGUUUAUGAUCCAAUAGGUCUUGUGCCACACCGCUCCUGUUUCUUUAUUAGAUGGUACACCUCGAAUAGAAGAUGGGAGAAGCAGCCAAGCUGGCGUUUGCCGUUUUCCUCAUCUCGUGCUCCUCAGGCGCCAUCCUGGGCCGCUCGGAGACUCAGCAGUGCGCCUACUACAACACCGGCUGGGAGAAGGAGCGCACCAACCGCAGCGGCGUGGAGCCCUGCUACGGCGACCAGGACAAGCGGCUGCACUGCUUCGCCACCUGGAAGAACACGUCGGGCGUGGUGACGGUGGUGAAGAAGGGCUGCUGGCUGGACGACGUCAACUGCUACGACAGCAGCCAGUGUGUGGAGAGGAAGGAGACCCCCGACGUCUUCUUCUGCUGCUGCGAGGGCAACAUGUGCAACGAGCGGUUCCUGUACACCCCCGACAACCUGCAGCCCCAGAGCGAGUCCCACCGCCAGUUCACCGCCUACACGACCUCCAACACCUUCUCCCAGAAGCCCCAUCUCUUUAGCACCCUGCUGUACACGCUGGUGCCCAUCCCGGGGCUGACAGCUGUGGUCCUCUUCUGCUUCUGGAUGUGGCGGCAGCACAAGCUGGCAUACCCCGCCGCCCUCGUCCCCACACACCACGCCUUUCACAUAAUGGUCGAGGACCCCGGGCCCUCUCCACCGUCCCCCAUCAUGGCCCAGAGGCCCCUGCAGCUGGUGGAGGUGAAGGCCAGGGGCCGUUUCGGCUGCGUUUGGAAAGCGCGGCUCCUCAGCGAAUACGUGGCCGUCAAGAUCUUCCCAAUUCAGGACAAGCUGUCAUGGCAGAACGAGUAUGACAUCUACAGCGUGAGCGGCAUGAAGCACGACAACAUCCUGCACUUCAUGGGCAUGGAGAAGAGGAACAACAACCUGGCGAUGGAGCUUUGGCUCAUCACCGACUACCACGAGAGGGGCUCACUGACGGACUACCUGAAGGCCCACCUGCUGUCGUGGGGCGAGCUGUGUCUGGUGGCCCAGACACUGGCACGUGGCCUGGCCUACCUCCACGAGGACAUCCCCGGGCAUCGCGAAGGCCACAAGCCCUCCAUCGCACACAGGGACAUGAAGAGCAAGAAUGUGCUGCUGAAGAAGGACCUGACCGCCUGCAUCGCAGACUUCGGCCUCGCACUCAAGUUCGAGGCCGGGAAGUCGGCAGGGGACACGCACGGACAGGUGGGUACCAGGAGGUACAUGGCCCCCGAGGUGCUGGAGGGGGCCAUCAACUUCCAGCGGGACUCGUUCCUGCGCAUUGACAUGUAUGCCCUGGGCCUGGUCCUCUGGGAGCUGGCCUCACGCUGCACCGCCGCCGACGGUCCGGUGGACCAGUACAUGCUGCCCUUUGAGGAGGAGGUGGGCCAGCAGCCGUCACUGGAGGACAUCCAGGAGGUGGUGGUGCACAAGAAGCUCCGCCCCCUUCUGCUGGACUGCUGGCACAAGCACCCGGGCCUGGCCUUGCUGUGUGAGACUAUCGAGGACUGCUGGGACCACGAGUCGGAGGCGCGUCUCUCGGCAGGCUGCGUGGAGGAGCGCGUGGGCCAGAUGCGGCGCGUGGCCGCGUCCGGUGGCCUGGAGGACAUCCUGCCUGUGGUCGCCAUGGUGACCAACCUGGACACCGUUCCCAAAGAGUCCAGCAUUUGACUCAGACACGACCCAGAGGUGCUGCUUGUGAGGCCGACCCUGCUGGGUUUGCGGCGGUCACUAACGCCUUGUUUCAGGUAACACCUCCGGGGCUCCGUCCCCAGUGCCCAGCCCUAAGGCUCCACCCCCGACUCCUCCCUCACACCCCGAUAGCCGGUCUUCCGAUCCGUCCCGUUUGGAUCGGAGCGCCCCGAGGAGCUGGACCAUUGAGGUGCUAGACCAUUGAGGAGCGUUCCCUCGAUGGCGUACGUCUGGAUUAUCAGCGUUUCUUUUUUCCUGGACGACCGUCACUAUUCUCUUAUGUUUGACCGAACGAGUGUUCAUUUUUAUACACACACACACACACACACACACACACACACACAGGGAGUUCUUUAACCAAGUCUUCCGGGAGUCCUGCGAUAGAUUCCUAGUGACGACCCCUGCAUACUUUGGCGGUAGGGAUGAAUGAAAAACAAUAAUGUUUGACAAUAAGUGAACAAAACAACCAAAAAACAAUCAUGAGCGACCUCCGUGAGAGGUGGGGUGGAUGUACUCUGGAGAAACCGUAGACACCAACGCUACUGAUCUGCCAACAGACGAUGGCUCUUGAAUGUUUUCUAGUGUUUAAUGCUGCUGUACAUAAUGUAUUAUGGACCCAGUUGUCAUGGUAAUCAAGCUUAUCUCAAGGGGGGGGUGAGCGCGGUGGGGGGUUGUUAUGUGUGUCUGUCUGUGUUUCGGGAGCGGGUGGGUAAAACGGGGGGGUAGUGGUCCAUUGUUUUCAAGCAUAAAGACCAUUCAAACCAUAAACCUCCUUCAACCAAGGUAUACCUCAGUUCAAACGGACACAUUCAAGGAAAAGGUAAACAGACAAACGCUCCCGUGGCAACCAGUUUUAAACUGCUCGACAGUGCUCGAAGGCACAUGGGUACGAAGGCUUUAUCGGUUCCUUUUAUUCCUUUCAGUAUGAACCAAAUGCAACACCAGCUGAAUGGUCAAAAAAUAAUUGCCUUUCUCUCGUGGAACGGAGACGCCCGCUUGUUGAAGGUCAAAGUCUGCGUUGUAUUUCGGAAAGCCUGCGUGUUCCGAGGCCUGACGACGCCUAAGUUCGGAACCCGGUACCGCCCCCUCGCCGUUUCUGGUUUCUCAUUGGUCAAUCCUGGACUGGCAUACCCCCUGGCCCUGCCCUCUCCCUGUUAGCCGCGCCCUUCCAUGGAGAAAAGACUGGAAGGAUCCGUCACAUAGAACUAACGGUUUUAUUUUUAACCAACGUUUUGCUGGACUUCCCUUUUUCUUCCAUUGUUUGUUCUGGAAAAAAAACAACACACAUUACUUUCUUCUCUCCUUUCGGGAUUUCAAGACUUACACAGCGACUUUUUUUUCCUUUAGAUGCUGCUGAAUCAAGAACAAAGGACAACUCGACACACUUUGCUCAUUAGUUUGUGUCAUCUAAGUGGACUUCCUGCCUCUCCCCCCCCCCCUUGCCAGGUAUUAUUAGACAAAUCAACUAACAAGUUGUGUGAUGGUGAUAUAUUUCCAAAGUACCACUUUAGCAGUGACACGCGGUGGUGUGAUUUAAGAUGGAUAUUAAUAUAUUCUAUGUGUUCUGAUUUGAGGCUGUAAAGAGGUGCCAAUUUGCCGAAAAAACUAAUAAAUGCACUUUUCUACUCAAAA